AUGAGGCUCUUAGUCGCCAUAUUAACGUCAAUCCUGCUUGCCUGCUCGGUCAUUGCAGCUCCACCCGAUGGAUCCCGUAGGUUGAUCCCCUAUCGUAUUGAUGUAAUCACAGGAAAUCCUGGGUAUGUUAUUAAGCGAUACGCUAUAGCAAGACAAAACCACAUGCAAUCAAAGAAAGCAGUUGAGUUGGCAGUAGCCACAUACGAGGAUCAAAAGGCGCUUAUCACUACUCUGGAAGAAUCUGGAUAUAAGCCAGAAUAUCUUAAAUACGAACGUAUUCUUCUCACGAAGCUUGAAUUCCAAGUUAUCAAGUACAAGAAAAAGCUUAGAUGGAUAUCUAAUAACCUGAGGAAAAAGGCAGGGGAGCUUGUGGAAUACUUUUAUGGAAACCAGAAACCCGAAUCGAUUGGCUAUCGCAUAAAAUGUCUCCAGGCAACUCCUAUAAUUCGGGAUUACAUUCGCGACUUCUAUAAAGGUCCACUGGAAGCACCAAAAAUAACCUCUGAUGGUGGAUCACAACAGCAAGGUCCUAGCCAAUCCCAUGGAGGAGGUAGAGGAAGAGGCGGUAGAGGAAGAGGUGGUAGAGGAAGAUCCCGCUCCCGCUCUCGAUCUCGCUCUCCCAGAAGAUCAUAA